AUGUCGUUCACACAUCCCCGAAGAACUACAAAGACCACAUCCACUGCUGUGACUCUUCUUGCGAAUACGUCAAGCCGGCCAACAGUUAAUACAACUAUGGCUUCCCUUCGCAAAGGUGCCACUUUCCACUCACCUUCUUCUCCCACACGCGAAGUUGAUGGUGCAUUCAAUCUCUCGGCUCUCGAACGUUCAUUGUCCAAUCUUGAAGAUUUCGCCGUCGAAUCACACAAGCGUCGUGCUGCCGAUGUCAUAGAAUCAUUCGAGCUUACUGCUGCUGGCAAUCAAUCAUCUUCCACUUCACGUCGUCGUUUCCGUGACGAGUCUGAUCCUGUUCCUCGAGGUGUCGUCAACGUUGAGAACCCCUCCACCAAAUCAUACAAUACCGAAUUGAUGGACGGAGUUAUGCCAUCAGAACAAUCUUCCGUUCGACGAUCAACACGUCCCCGUCGCACCACACCCAGAUAUGCAGACAGUGGUCUUGGAUCAUCCAUCGGGUCAUCAUCAUCAGACAAGAAGGUAAUCACCGAUGACAAUGUCUCCAAAUCUACCAAGCCAUCCACUAUAACUAGAUCGGCUGCUGCUCCAUCCACAACGAUCAAAAGCCUUCCUAGACUUAGUGCUCGCACCACCGCUCGCAUUCAAGAGCAUAUCUUGAAGCCACUCCUAGCAAAGGAGUCUUUCAAAGACUUGCAUCCCCUCCUCCAAGACUGUCCCAGACGAAUUCAUCAGAAGGAAAUCGUAUCUCUCCGCGACCUGGAGAAGACUUUAAUCUUUACCGCACCUGUAAGUGAAAUCCAUAUUGAUGUUGCUUGGGAGUUUACUCACUGGUUCUCGCAAUUGAAGAAGUACACAAAGAGCGCCUCCUUGUACCUCGACUUUUGUCUGGAAUCGAUUCACUGCAUCCAAGCUACCGUCGAACUUGUUAAUGAACGCGAACAAACGCGACCAAACGAUCGCCCAUAUACUAACGGAUACUUCGUCGAUCUCGUCGAACAGAUUAAGCAAUACGCUGAACAGGUCCGAGAAGCUAAGGAGAAGGAAGAGAAGGGAGAAACCAUUAGCGAGAUGGAUGCUCACCCAUCAGAUGAGGUCAAGCUUCACGGUGGUCUGACCAGAAAUGGUCGACCCGCUGAACUUGUCCGCAUCAAUAAGAAAACUGGCAAGGCCAUUUCCAUUGCCACCGGCCAACCGGUUGACAUGGACGAUGAUGACAACAAGUCUAUGAGAUUUAAGCGCUCCUUGAGCGAAGAAGCUGAAGAUGAAGAAUCAGUGAUGAGAUCUAUGGCACGUCGUAAGAAGGAUGCUUCUGCCGCUGAGCUCGCCCCUAAAUUUUGUCGCGAAAAGGGAUGUGACAAGUCAUUCAAGCGUCCAUGUGACUUGACCAAACACGAGAAAACUCAUUCCCGCCCCUGGAAAUGUCCCGUCACUUCGUGCAAAUACCAUGAAUAUGGUUGGCCAACCGAGAAAGAGAUGGACCGUCAUCAAAAUGACAAGCAUUCCGCCGCUCCUCCACUAUUCGAGUGUCACUUCAAGCCUUGCCCAUACCGAUCAAAGCGAAAGCGGAGUCAGAGCGCCAAAAAUAAAUAA